AUGGAACGGAGCGCGGAGCAGAAGGUCUGGGCCCGGAGGCCGCAGGUACUGUUUCUCUUCUUGGUAUCUUUGUUCAACCUCGCGCUUUCUGAGCAGAUCCGCUACUCCAUUUCAGAGGAAAUGCAGAAAGGGUCAGUAGUGGGGAACCUCGCCAAAGAUCUGGGGCUUAGUAUGAGAGACUUGCGGACUCGGAAACUGCGGGUUAGCUCAGAGAAUGAAUACUUUACUGUGAACGCAGAGAGUGGAGAAUUACUGGUGAGAGGCAGAAUAGACCGAGAGGAAAUAUGCGGGGGCCAGUCUGAGUGUGCUCUGGACUUCGAAACAGUCGCUGAAAAUCCAAUGAAUAUUUUCUUUGUAAUUGUGAUGAUAGAGGAUAUUAACGACAAUCCACCACAAUUCCUUAAAAACUAUAUUUCCCUAGAAAUCAGUGAACUAACACUUCCAGGAGUGAAAUUUGCUCUCACAUCGGCAAGAGAUUCAGAUGUAGGCAUGAACUCCCUUAAAACAUAUCACAUCAGUCCCGACCCCUAUUUCUCACUAUCAGUGAAGGAAAGACCAGAUGGCAGUAAAUACCCUCAAUUGAUUCUGGAAAAAUCCCUGGACCGAGAAAUUCAGAGUUCUCACCAUUUGGUCCUGAUGGCUGUAGACGGCGGGGAGCCAGCCCAAAGCGGCACAGCUCAGAUCUGGAUAAAUGUUACUGACGCCAAUGAUAAUGCCCCAGUCUUUAGCCAAGAUGUCUAUAGGGUCAGUCUUCGGGAGAACUUGCCACGGGGCUCCUCAGUGCUUCGUGUGACUGCCACUGACAAGGAUGAGGGAACCAAUGCAGAAAUCACCUUCUCUUUCCUCAACGAGGACAAUAGCAGGCGAUUGUUCUACCUCCACCCCAACAGCGGGGAAAUUAAAACUAAAGAUAUAUUGGACUUUGAAGAAACAAAUAGAUAUAUGAUGGAUGUAGAAGCAAAGGACGGAGGAGGUCACACAGCACACUGUAACGUUCAAAUUGAAAUUCUCGAUGAAAAUGACAAUGUCCCAGAGGUGACCUUCAUCUCACUCUCUGAUCAAAUUCCAGAGGACUCUUUGCCUGGAACUGCUAUUGCACUCAUUAAAACACAUGACCAAGAUUCGAAGGCAAAUGGUGAGGUCUCAUGUCAUAUCCAAGAAAAUUUUCCUUUCAAGUUAGAGUCCUCUUCCAGAAAUUACUACAAGCUAUUGACUGAUGGGCCUCUGGACCGUGAGCAGACUCCGAAGUAUAACAUCACUGUGACAGCCAUAGACAAAGGACACCCCCCUUUGUCCACCAGCAAAAUCUUCACCUUACACAUUGCAGACGUUAAUGACAAUUCCCCAGUAUUCCUCCAACCUUCCUAUGUCGCUUACAUUUCUGAAAAUAACCCUUCUGGUUCCUCCAUAGCCAAGGUCUUUGCAGAGGACCCUGACCUUGAGCAGAACGGCCGCAUGUUCUACUCCAUCGUGAGCAGUGACCUGGCCCCAUUCACUCUGUUCUCAUAUGUUUCUGUCAAUGGACAUAGUGGGGAGAUCUUUGCACAGCGUUCCUUCGACUAUGAGCAGAUCCACACUUUCGAACUGAUACUGCAGGCCCAAGACUCUGGGUCCCCUGCUCUGGCAGCUAACGUCAGCCUGCGACUGUUCAUAGUGGAUUGCAAUGACAAUGCCCCGAACAUCCUAUACCCGGCCCUGGCAUCCGACAACUCAGCCCUUUUCGACAUGGUCCCUAGACUGGCUGAGCCUGGCUACCUGGUCACCAAGGUGGUGGCAGUGGAUGCUGACUCAGGACAUAAUGCUUGGCUGGCCUACCAUGUGCUGCGGGCUACAGAUCCAGGGCUCUUCAGUCUGGGGCUGCACACAGGUGAGGUAAGGACAACCAGGGCUUUGUCUGAUAAAGAUGCAACUCGGCACCGGCUUCUGGUCUCCGUGCAAGAUGGUGGGCAGCCCCCGUUGUCAGCCACUGUGGCUUUGCACUUGGCCUUUUCAGACAGCCUACAGGAAGCACUACCCAAAAUGAGGGAGGAGCGCUCAGAUAUCCUGAACCCCGAGUCUGAGCUACAGUUUUACCUAGUAAUAGCUUUGUCCCUAAUUUCUGUGUUGUUCCUCAUGACAGUGACACUUACCAUCACCCUGCAUCUUCGGAGAUCUUGCAAUACUAACAUGUUGAGCUGUGUCCAUGUAAAUGUUUGCUCUAAGGCUAAACCUGAUUUCCCCCCAAACUACAGUGAAGGAACUUUACCAUAUUCUUACAAUCUGUGUGUGGCCUCAGAAGAAGGGAAGAUCGAAUAUAAUUUUCUCAAAUUUACCGGAGGAAUGGUGCAUCCCCAGGAUCUCUUCUUUAAUGACGACUCUGAGGUCGUAAAUAACAGUAAUGAAGAACUCAAGGUCACAUCUGAUUUGGUCACUUCUCACGUGAGUUUUUGCAAUCCCUUUUUUUCUUUUGCCUUUUUGCUCAGCAACUCCAUUGUGCAUUAG